CCCUUCUCCUCCUCUGUGCUAUUCACUGCGAAACUGAAAAGGAUACAUAACAAAACAAGUGUUUCAGAUCUAACAGUCGAGAAUGGCGGGCGCAGACAGCCGUGUUGUGAUCGUGGGAGUAGACGAUAGCGUCCACAGUUACCAUGCUCUCGAGACAGCUCUUGACCUCUUCUUCGUGCCUUUCAAGUCAAAUCCUCAGUUCAAGCUCGUCAUCAUCCACGCUCGUCCCACUGCUUCCUCUAUCCUCGGCUUUGCCGGACCAGGAGCUGUGGAUGUAAUGCCAAUGGUGGAACAGGAUCUGAAGAAAACUGCAGAUUGGGUUCUGAAGAAGUGCAACGAAAUCUGCUCCAACAAAUCCAUCGAGAUCACGGCCUCGGAGGUGACGGAAGGCGAUCCCAGGAACAUUAUGGUCGAUGCUUCCGAGAAACACCAUGCUUCUGUCAUUGUUUUGGGCAGCCAUGGCUACGGUGCUGUUAAGAGAGUUUUUCUGGGGAGUGUGAGUGAUUACCUCGCUCAUCACGCACAUUGCUCUGUCAUGAUCGUCAAGAAGCACAAGACGCCAGCAGCGGCCGCAGCAGCUAAGAACUGAGGCUGAAGAGAUUUGUUUAAUGUCAAGAGAGAUUCUCCAUUGAAGAAAGUUUAAAUAUUUCUUAUGCUAUUACAUAGUUACUGGAAUGGAAUAAGAUCGAACCAGAAGAUAUUAUACUUUA